AUGCAUUUGCAGCAAGAGAUCCUACCUUAUCUGAACACAACCAAGCACACAACAAAGAAAAGAGGAAAGAGAAGCAAGCUGUGCAGUAGGCAGCCAUCCUACCAUCUUCAUAUACCAUCAUUGGAGAAAAGAGAUGUUGGCACAGAUGAAAGGGGAGAUGUCGGGGCUACUACAAGGAGUCCCUUCAAGGGCAAGAGAACUUCAAGAGGGAUCAGAAAAAAACAAACAGAGGAAAUAGCUGAUGACGGGUUGGGGAAAAGGACAAAAGUAAAGCAGUCAAAAAGAAAGUUCCGACAUGGUUUCAAAAAGCGAAUAAACUUGCAAUGUGGAGGGGAUGUGAUGGAAGAAUUGUCACCUGGAUUGUACAAGAAAAGUCCCCCCUUUGCAAAUGGACAAAGCUGUUUUGUUUACAAAGGCAUUUACAAUGGUCAAGCUGUUGCCAUAAAAUCUUUUGCAGGACAAAUCCCCAAACGAGUCAAAAGAUACAUUAAAAAUGAAGAAAAAGCAUUCAGAGAUUUAGACCACAAGAAUGUUGUUAAAUUCAUUGGGGUUUUUGGUACAAACAUUGUGUUGGAAUACCUUGAAAAGCAAGUAGAUAUCGAAGGGGAAACUCAUGUCCUCCAUUCCGUGGAUGGAUUUCUUAAACAAAUAGGUACCAAGGCCCUAGACGAUAUAGUUGUGAAGGAGGGCUGA